CUCGGCUUCUACUUCCACUCGCAGAAAGCGAAAACGCCGAAAACAAAAAAUCCAUUUUCCAAAAAAAAAAAAUCAAAAACCAACGCUCCUGAACUGAUAACAGAGUGAAGCCAACGACAUCUCCACCAGCAGUUACGAACCUUUUUCUCUCUCUUCUCUCUUGAAUCGUUUUCUCAGAGCUCUCUACUCUCCGAUUCGACUCGUUCAUGGCCGUUCCGACGCUGAGCCAUCCAUUCCGACUUCCUAUAUUUAUCGCGACAUCGCCGCCCUUCGAUCCUCGUUCAGUCACUGUUGCAUAUUGCUUCUUCUCAUAGUGAUUUGUAGUUAGGUUUUGUGCUGUUUUACAGUGCGAUCUGCGCCCUUGGUUUGUUUGAAUCUCACAGAUCUGAAGCGGUAAUCGGUUGUCGGUGAUGUCGGAGUGCGCAGAUUUAUUAGCAGCUUCUAGCAUCGCCGGAAUUUUGAGAAAGGCAGAAUGGUUGUUUCUGAGCUGGUUACUUAUAUUAUGUUAUAUGAUAUCCAUGGCCCAUGCUGAUUUACCUGAUAAUCAACUGGAAGCACCAUUGGUGUCUCCAACUAGUGCGCCAUUAGCUACACCUGCUCUUCCAGAUCUGCCCUUGCCAUCUAAUUUGCCGCUAUACCAUAGACGAAAGCAGAAACAUCCAAUGCCAAGCCAUGUGCCAAAACGAGUGCUAGCACCAUCCCAACCUCCUGAUUAUGGUCCACUUGUGACUUCUGCUCACCCUCCUACAAGUUCACGCUUGUCAAAACCGUCAAUGAAGAGGGGUGGAUUGGUAUCUCCUGGUACUGGCCUUGUACCUCCUCAUUUGGAAGAUAUUGCUCCUAUGCAGUCCAAUGCUGGCCCCAUUCCUGUGGGUUUAGCUCAGCCACCACUGUCUCCUUCAGACUCCAAUUGUUGUGAACCAGACAUGGUGCUGAAACAGGGGAGCCAUGGUUGCCAUUGUGUGUAUCCUAUAAAGGUCGACCUUGUCCUUUUGAAUGUCUCACAGAACCCAAAUUGGAAACUUUUUCUAGAAGAACUAGCCACCCAGCUUGGUUUACGAGUUUCUCAAAUUGAGCUGAUAAAUUUCUAUCUGCUCAGCUUAUCAAGGCUAAAUAUUUCAAUGGAUAUUAUUCCACAUACAGGGAUCAGUUUCUCUGCAAGCGAUGCAUCUAAAAUAAACUCUUCACUUGCUGCACAUAUGGUUCAUCUAGACCCUACAUCAGUAGGUGUGGGUGAUUACAAACUUCUUAAUGUAACCUGGUUUAAGCCCCCAGUGCCCUCUCCAGCUCCUCUUGUUGCUACCUCACCCAUGGAAGCACCUGCUAAUCAGUACUCAGCUUCUACCUCACAUGUCGAUUCAAACAAAAGGAAACACCCAAAUUUGGUUCUUAUUCUUGGUAUCAUUGCUGGCAUCUUAACUGUUGCCAUUAUAUGUGUGAUUAUGGUUUCUUUAUGUGCAUCCUGUCGUAAGAAGACAAAACCAUCUCCAGAAGAAAAUGUAAAGCCAAGUACUGCAGAUCCAGUUCCAGUUGUAGGAUCUCUUCCUCAUCCAACAAGUACACGGUUUCUUGCAUAUGAAGAACUUAAGGAGGCAACGAACAAUUUUGAGCCUGCUAGCAUACUUGGUGAGGGUGGGUUUGGCAGAGUUUUCAAGGGUGUCUUAAGUGAUGGUACAGCUGUGGCAAUUAAGAGGCUUACUAGUGGAGGGCAACAAGGGGAUAAAGAGUUUUUGGUUGAGGUCGAGAUGCUUAGCAGGUUGCAUCACCGUAAUCUUGUGAAACUUGUGGGUUACUAUAGCAAUCGUGACUCUUCACAAAAUCUCCUUUGUUAUGAGCUUGUCCCAAAUGGAAGCUUAGAGGCCUGGCUCCAUGGCCCUCUGGGAGUCAACUGUCCUUUGGAUUGGGACACCCGAAUGAAGAUUGCUCUUGAUGCUGCCAGAGGGCUUGCAUACCUGCAUGAGGAUUCACAACCCUGUGUUAUCCACAGAGAUUUCAAGGCGUCAAAUAUAUUGCUCGAGAACAACUUUCAUGCCAAGGUUGCUGAUUUUGGCCUAGCCAAAAAGGCACCUGAAGGCAGGGCAAAUUACCUGUCUACUCGUGUGAUGGGCACAUUUGGGUAUGUAGCCCCUGAGUAUGCUAUGACUGGACAUCUACUAGUAAAAAGUGAUGUUUACAGCUAUGGAGUUGUCCUCCUUGAGUUGUUGACAGGGAGAAGGCCUGUGGAGAUGUCACAACCAUCUGGACAGGAGAACCUUGUUACUUGGGCCAGACCAAUUCUUAGAGACAAGGAUCGGCUUGAAGAGCUAGCUGAUGAAAGGCUUGCUGGAAAGUAUCCAAAGGAAGAUUUUGUACGAGUUUGCACAAUUGCAGCAGCUUGUGUUGCACCUGAAGCAAACCAACGGCCCACAAUGGGAGAAGUGGUGCAGUCACUGAAAAUGGUACAGCGUGUAAUGGAAUAUCAGGAUUCCAUGCUAACUUCCUCCAAUGCGAGGCCGAACCUGAGGCAGUCAUCUACCACCUUUGAAUCAGAUGGGACAUCAUCAAUUUUCUCUUCUGGCCCUUACUCUGGUCUUAGUGCAUUUGAUAAUGACAAUAUCUCUCGGACGGCAGUUUUCUCUGAAGAUCUUCAUGAAGGACGAUAAGCAUUUCUCCACCAGAAGUUGUCCUCAUCUGAUCUGAAGUUUGACCACCCUGUAAAAUAAUGUGAGCUGUUUUGCCAGUUGAAGUGGGGGAAGUUUGGCGUAGAAUUCUUGAAAUGGUCAAAGCUGUACCAUCGUCAUUGGUGGGGGAUGAAAUGGGUGUUCUUUUCUUUUCUUUUUUAUUUUUCCUGAAAUCUGCUGUGGAGAACCACUGUUCAGUUUUCCCUAGGCAGUGGCCAUUCUCAACUGUGGAUGAUUCUCUGUAUAUAUGUACUGUAGCUUUGUUUUAUUGCAUUGGUUUUUGAAGGUUUUCCACUUGA